AGCGUCUUCCUCGGCAACCUCCCCUUCGACCUGCAGGAGGAGGCCGUGUGGGAGGCAUUCUCUUCCCUCGGCUCCGUCGAGGCGGUCCGCCUGAUCCGCGACCCGCAGACGCAGCAGGGCAAGGGCUUCGGCUACGUCACCUUCGCAGACAAGGUUGGCGUCGAGGCUGCGCUCGCGCGGCACGAGACGACGCUCGCAGGACGAACCAUCCGCGUG